AUGACAUAAACACCAAUGAAAGUGCAAGGUGCAACUGUUGUGCUCAAUAAGGCGUAUUCAUGAUAUAACCACUCAUUACUGUCAGAGAGUGCUUCCGUAUUUACACCCCCCCUCCCAAAAAAAAAAAAAAAAAAAAAAAAAAAAAAAGCAGGACCCACCAGCGGCCGUCGGGCGAAUGUUUACCGAGCAGGGAUAGAGUGGUGGUGAGGAAAGUGACAGUCACACUGGAGGUUCAGCGUAUGGUGAAACGCAGGUGAUUUCUGCUUCCACGGUUGCAUUUUAUAGCGGAAUGUUCACUCGAAGGGGGCAUGGAGACGUCAAGAAAUCUACACAGAAAGUUCUGGACCCAAAGAAGGAUGUUCUGACCCGGCUGAAACACCUCCGGGCACUGUUAGAUAUCAUUGACAAAUGUGAACUGAAGGCAUUCUUUGAGAGCAACUGCUCCCAGAUUUAUUUUAUCUUCUAUGAAAAUCUCAUUACACUGGAAAGCAACUUAAAACAAAAAGGGAUCAAAUCUCAAAGGGAGGAGCUGGACUCUAUCCUCUUUAUUUUUGAAAAAAUUCUACAGCUUCUGCCAGAGAAAAUCUACAACAGAUGGCAGUUUCACAGUAUAGGUUCUAUUCUCAAAAAGCUUCUACACACUGGAAAUUCUUUCAAAAUACGCUGUGAGGGGAUCCGUCUCUUCUUGCUGUGGCUUCAGGCUCUAAGAGACAACUGCGCUGAGGAGCAGUUCCUUAUCUUUGCUUGUCUAGUGCCAGGAUUCCCUGCUGUUCCCUCCUCAAGAGGACCCUGCACUCUCGACACCAUUAUUUACAAUCCCUUCUCCAACCUCCCUGAUGCCAAGGUGGUGCCUGAGGAGAUUACCCCACUGGUUCCAGCUGUAGUGGGAGAAAAGUCUGCAGAUGACCCAACCUGUUACAUCCUUGAAACACUGCUCAAGUACAUGGUCAUCCAGGCAUCCAGUUUGGAAUGGAAGAACAAAGAGAAUCAGGACUCCGGCUUCAGGUUUCUCUUCAGUCUGUUCAAGAAGUACUACCUUCCACAUCUAUUUCCCUCCUUUACUAAACUCACAAACCUCUACAAGCCUUUAUUAGACCUCCCCCAUCACAGACCAAAACCCUUGUAUGUGCCAGUGACGCGGAACAAUGAGAGCACCUUCUGCACUAGAGACCAGUACCUGGCACCCAGAGUGGCCUUCAUCACCUGGCUGGUCACCUUCUUCCUGGAGAAGAAGUAUGUCAGCAGUGCUGCUGUGGCGCAGAGCGCCAAGAACGGCACUGAGGUCAUUCCCAAACUCAUCCAGACUGUCACUGCAGGCAGUAGCAGCCAGGAGAAGGAGAAAGAUAAGACGUCUGAUGGGGAUACAAACGGGCCAGCUGGGGAACCUGAAAAGAACCACUCCAAUAGCAGCACACUGUCUGAUCGACGGCCCAGUGAUUCCAGUUUGUGUAGCGUUGAAGAGGAGCAUCGAUAUGUCUACGACAUGGUGCACUCCAUUCUGCUGUCAACCAGGGACAACGUUAAUUUUGUCAAUGAGGUCUUCCACCAGGCUUUUCUGCUACCAUCCUGUGAGGCUUCAGCCACCAGGAAGGUGAUCAAAGUGUACAGAAAGUGGAUCUUGCAGCAGAAGCCCAACUUCAUGGCUGAGCCUGACAGAACUACUCAGGAGGAUGAAGUGGAUGAAGGUGCUGAACAGAUACGCAGCGCAGAGACGAACAGCGUGCAUGUACAAAUGUUGGAGAGUCACGGUCACAAACGGUCGUCCAGCUGGGGGAGGACAUACUCUUUCAGCAGUGCCAUCAAUCGGGGCUUUCUCUCUGAGGAGCAGAAUACGGACAUCAAGGCUGGCAUCCAGCCCACACUACAGGUGUUUCUGACAAACUCAUCUAAUGUGUUCCUCUUGGAGCCUUGCCAGGAUGUACCUAAACUCUUGGAAAAUCAGGUUGAGCUGUGCAAGGGUGUUCUCAGCAUCUACCGGCACAUGAUCAUGGAGCAUACUAUGAGUACACAAACUUGGGAGCAGAUGCUGCAGGUACUACUGAGGAUCACGGAGGCAGUAAUGAAGAGGCCACAUGAAAACCAAAGAAAAGACAGCUUUGCUGAAAGUUUAGCAUCUAUCCUUUUUAGGACCAUCAUUGUGGCAUGGGUGCGAGCCAACCUCUGCGUGUUUAUCUCUCGGGAGCUGUGGGACGAGCUGCUGGCGGUGCUGUCCUCCCUUACUUGCUGGGAGGAGCUGGUGACGGAGUGGGCCAGCAUCAUGGACUCGCUGACAGCUGUGCUGGCACGCUCUGUUUACGGCCUGGACAUGGCCAACUUGCCUUUGGACAAACUCAGCGAACAGAAAGAGAAGAAACAGAGAGGACGUGGAGUUAUCCAGGACUCCCAGAAGGCAGCAGCAGUCGCGCGGUCAUUUUCACUGAGUUGGAGGAAUCACGGAGAGCAAGUCGGACCAGGAGUCCAGGAACCCAUGAGGAUUCGCUCAGCCACUACUUCAGGAGCACCUGGUGUGGAGAACGCCCGGAACAAUGUCCGACAGAAGGCCUCUGAUGUGGAGGAGUGUCAGCUGUCAGAAUGUGGGGGGGAGGAGGAGCUGGGAGGCAGGGAAAGCCCUUUGCCACGUAGCAGCAGCACCUCGGACAUCACCCAGCAGCUGUCCGACACGUUGCCAGCCCAGAAGAUAGAGCACUCCCCUACUUCUUGUGGUUCUGACAGCAGGAUGUCUGAAGGCAGGACUGAGAGCAAUGAGCCACCAGUGAUUCUAAUUCGACAGAGCAGCAGUCCAGCUGAGAAUGAGUGCAAUGCUGAUGGACACACAAACUACACCAAGCCUAAGCUCAGAGAUAAGAGUGAAAGUAUAAGCAGUGAGACAUCAAAUGGCUACCUCAAUGAAGCUGAAGUUACCUGGCAGACAUUUGAUGAGGAGGCUGAUAAUCAGUCCACUCAGUCAGCUCAUAUGGAUGUGACCACUGAUCCUCGGAGCCAGGGGAGUCUGCUGCUCAGCCACAAUGAGGCUCUGGCAGGUCCUGAGUGUGCUCUCCCUCCCCACUCUGCACCUCCCUACCUCCACCAUAAUUACCACUACCACUACCCUCAGAACCCCCCCGCUUCACCAGCCCUGCUGGUGCACACAGAGUGCCCGCGGGACUGCCCCCUGGACGACACCAUGCAUCAGUCUGUCUUAAACAUGCCACACCACUUGGACAGUAGUGAGUUUCUGGCUGAUGAUGUUAGCAUCAUUGCCGGUGGGACCUUGACUGGUUGGCAUGCUGAUUCCGCCUUUGUCCUGUGGCGGAGAAUUUUGGGUAUCUUGGGAGAUGUCAACAGUAUCCGUUGCCCUAAAAUCCAUGCCAAGGUCUUCUCCUAUCUCUAUGAGCUCUGGCACAAACUGGCUAAGAUCCGGGACAACCUUGGGAUCAGUGUGGAUAACCAGUCCUCUCCUCCUCAGCCUGCUUUCAUCCCUCCUCUUCGAAUGCUUGCAUCCUGGCUUUUCAGGGCCACCAUGCUUCCAGCAGAGUACAAAGCUGGCAAGCUGCAGGCCUACAAGCUCAUCUGUGAGAUGAUGACCAGACACCAGGAUGUGCUUCCCAACAGUGAUUUCUUAGUGCACCUUUACCACAUCAUGCACAAGGGCUUCACCAGUGAUGACCAGGAUGUUGUGAAUACCAUCAUUCGCUCCUGCUCACCUCGGUUCUUCUUCCUUGGCCUACCGGGCUUCACUUUGCUGCUAAGAGACUUCAUCACUGCUUCAGCCUGUGUCCUUACUUCUGACUCCCCAGAGGCACCAAGAAUUGAAGCUCAGACGAUCUUGGGUUCGCUCAUGGGCUUCCCCAAUCUUUACCUUCAAAUUCCCGUACUGCAGCAUGUGCCUGGCUCUAAUGACAUAAGUAUAGGCAAUGAAGAUAUCAAGAAUUAUCUAGUCAACAUCCUGUUGGAGGCAGCCACAAAGGAACACUGCGAAGGGGCGAGGUGCAUUGCUGUGUGCAGCCUGGGCCUGUGGGUGUGUGAGGAACUAAUGCAGAAGAACAUUCACCACCAGGUUAAGGAUGCCAUCAAUGUUCUGGGAGUAACACUAAAGUUUGGAAACAAAGCAGUGGCUCAAAUAGCCUGUGACAUGUUUCAGCUGCUGAUCUCUCACUGGGAACAUCUCCAGAGGUUGGAAUCUACCCUCCCCAAGAAAAUUAUUGAGAUCUUUGUGGCCACAAUAGCCUUUUUGUUGCCGAGCGCAGAGCACUCAAUAGUGGAAGCAGACAAAAAGUUGAUGGUGUCGCUGUUACUCUGCCUGUUGGACUGGUGUAUGGCUGUUCCCCUGAGUCUGCUGCUAGAACCCGUCACUAUGGAAUUGCUGGAGGACCACACAUCCAACAAGGCCCCACUCUUGGACUACAUAUACAGAGUGCUGCACUGCUGUGUGUCCGGCUCCAACUUGUACACUCAACAAAGCCACUAUCUUCUCCGUUUGUCUGACUUGUCCAGUGACUAUGACCUCAUGUUGGGUCAGGUUAAAUGUUUUGAGCCGCCACCCUCCCAGACAACCACCACAGACUUUGGCAACCUGCUCACUGUAGCUGAGGAAAAACGGCGUCGAAACAUGGAGCUGAUACCUCUGACAGCACGGAUGGUCAUGACUCACCUGGUCAACCAUCUUGGUCAUCAUCCGCUGAGCGGCGGCCCUGCUCUUCUGCAUAGCCUUGUGACCGAAAACCAUGACAACCCAUAUGUGGAGUCAUCUGAGCUGUCCUCUGAGGUCUUUAAAAGCCCAAACCUGCAACUCUUUGUCUUCAAUGACAGCACACUGGUGUCCUACCUACAGAUCCCUGCUGAGACACCCACUGUUUGUCAGCCCCCCCACCCAUCCUCCCAAGUACGCGUCAUUGUUCGAGACAUCUCGGGCAAGUACUCGUGGGAUGGCACAAUUCUAUACUGCACCACACAGGAGGACUCCAUUGAUGUGGGGGUUUUUCAUGCAGUUGACCUCCAGCUUUCAGACUCUAGCACACAUAGCAGAAACCAGCCCACCUCUCCAAUAAAAGGACAAUACAAAAAUCAUUUCUCAUUCUCAGACUCCCUCUCUAACUGUUGUGAAGAGGAUGAGGUCGAUGUUUUGGAUACACUUUUGGAGAACCUUAGCCACAGCAGCCCAGAAUGCCUGCCUCAGCCGCAACUCAGGCUCAAUCAGCCUGCACCAUCCCCCCAUGGCAUGAACUUGGAGCAAGAGAGCGCCAUACUGGAGGCCAUUCAACGUCAGAAUCAACAGGAGGAGGAGCAAGUAAGGAGGUGGGAUGCUGAUGUAAGCUUUCGGGCUGCCUGCCAAAAGCAACCCUCCCACCAGGAGCCCAACGCUCCCUUCUACUUCUGUCGACUACUCCUCAAUGAUCUUGGCAUGAACUCUUGGGAUCGCAGGAAAAGCUUCCAUUUGCUGAAGAAAAACUCUAAACUUUUAAGGGAGCUGAAGAACUUGGACUCCAGGCAGUGUCGAGAGACACACAAGAUAGCCGUGUUCUACAUUGGAGAAGGCCAAGAAGACAAGUGCUCCAUCCUGUCUAACAGUGCAGGCAGCCAGGCUUAUGAAGACUUUGUAUCUGGACUAGGAUGGGAGGUGGACUUGGCCACGCACUGCGGCUUCAUGGGAGGCCUCCAGAGGAAUGGCAGCACUGGGCUAACAGCUCCUUACUAUGCUACCUCCACUGUGGAAGUCAUUUUCCAUGUAUCCACGCGAAUGCCAUCUGACUCUGAUGACAGCCUCACCAAAAAGCUGCGUCACCUGGGCAAUGAUGAGGUUCACAUUGUGUGGUCUGAGCACACCAGGGACUAUCGACGUGGCAUCAUCCCAACUGACUUUGGAGAUGUGCUCAUUAUCAUCUAUCCAAUGAAGAACCACAUGUAUUUCAUCCAGAUCAUGAAGAAACCCCAGGUUCCUUUCUUUGGACCUCUGUUUAAUGGCGCAAUUGUCACUGGGACACUGUUGCCAAGCUUGAUACGGGCCACCUGUAUCAAUGCCAGCAGAGCUGUCAAGUCCCGCCUGACUCUCUACCAGAGCUUCUAUGAGGAACGGGCGCUCUACUUAGAGGCCAUUGUUCAGAACCACAGGGAAGUGAUGACCUUUGAAGACUUUGCAUCGCAGGUUUUCUCCCCCUUCCCUGGCUACCCAAUGAGUGGGACAGGAUCCUUCACUGGCAGCGUGAGCACCGAAGGUGGAAUCUCAAUGACGACGACAGACUCCGUCGACCAGGUGUCUCCCACCAUGCCCCGUUCCGCGAAACACCGAGUUUCAGGAAAACUUCGUCGAUCAGCCAGCGCUAUGAGCAAAUCCUCCAACUGAGCUCUUCAACCCAUCCCCCUUUUCCUUUGAGUGAAGCCUUUUAAUACUUUGUAGAGGAACCUCAGACACCCAGCCAUGACUGCAAGAGUGUUCAUUAAC